AUGGAAGAUCAACAACAGCAACAACCUUCAAUUAAAAAAAAGAUAGUCGAUUUUUUAACCAAUUUUUUAAAGAAAAGACCAUCACCAGAUGAUUUAAGAAGAGAUAAUAUUUUAGUUGCACCAGAUAAUGUAUCACCAGCAAUUCAGGCUCCACGAUAUGAUUUAGAAAAUCAUCUAUCCCCAAAUGCAAGAAAAAAUACAGUGGUUAUAAAUGAACCUCAAUCAACAAGUAAUAAUAAAGAGCAUUCAAGAAAUCAUUCAAGAGGCCAUUCAAAGAGUCAUUCUAGAGGCCACUCUAGGGGCGAUUCAAGAGGUGGAAGUAUGAAGGAUGGUUCAACAUCGUCAAGAAAAGAAACUCUAAAAAAUGCAUGGGACUAUCUUAGAAAUUUAGAUUUUACAUUCUCAAAAUCAAAAUAUGGUAAUACUGUUGUUCAUCGUUUAAAGCAUCCACAGUUUGGUUUAAGUCCAGAGGAAUUACAAACCCUAUAUCCUCUACAGCCACAAGGUAUACCACUUGUAUUAUCAAAAGCAUUCGAGUAUUUAUUAAAGCAUUUAGAUUCAGAAGGUCUUUUUAGAGUACCCGGUAGUAAUAAAGAAGUUAGUUUAUUAAAAUUUAGAAUUGAAGAUGGUGAAGUAGAUUUCAGUGAUGUCUUAAUUCCAUAUAAUAUUUGUGGUUUGAUUUCCACAUUUUUUAAAGAAUUACCAGAGCCAUUAAUUCCAUACGAUUAUUAUAACGAAGCAAUCGAAAUACCAAAAUUAGGAACAAAAGAUAAAUAUAUUGUAGGAUUAAGAACAUUGGUAUUAUCAUUACCUCCAGCAAACCUUUGUUUAUUAAAAAAAUUAUUAGAAUUUUUAUUACAAGUAGAUAAAAAGAGUGAAGUUAAUAAAAUGACUAUUGCAAAUCUUAGUAUUAUUUUUGGAGCAACAUUACUAAAAGAUCCAGAUACACUAUAUUCAGUCGAUCCUAUGAAAUCAUUUAAUAAUAUUCAAGCACAAUCAACAGUCAUCAAAUAUUUAUUGGAAUGCUUUAAUGAAGUAUUUAGGGAUGAUAGUGUUGCCAAGGCUUAUAGAAAAUCAAUUGUACCAAGAGAACCAAUUGACACUACCACAAUCGAUUAUUUAGAUCCAGCAAGCUCGGAGGGCUCACCAAGAGUUUCUAUUCAACACACCCUAACUUCAACCUCGCCAUUAAAACCACGUCCACCUUCUCGUCCAUUACAAAAGAGAGGAACUAUUUUAUUAAGCCCAAGAGUAUCUGGUGGUAAUAAUCAAGUUUAUGCCAUUUCAACUUUAACUCGUCCGAUGUCAAGACAAUUGUUUGAUCCAGAAAUUUCUCCAUCACCAUUACCAUCACCUUCACAACAACAACCACCUCAAAGACAAUUACCACAACCAAAAGGCUCAACCUUACCUUAUGGUAAAACUGCACCACCAAAACCUCCUUUUAGAAAACCACAAGCAAACCCACAAUAUUCAACCUUUCCAGCUCCAAGAAAUCCAAAUACGAUUCCAUUAGCUCCAAUUCCUCCAAAACCAGCAAACUCCAGCUACCAAGCCUUUAGAAAACCUACAGCACAACCACAAAUACCUCCACGCAAACCAACUUCACCUUCACCACCAAUAUCAAAUUUAAAUAAUAAUAAUAAAACUAAUAUAAAUCCAAUUAUAACCCCAACUCCAAAUGCAACUUUAAAUUCAAAUUCGAACUUUAAAUCAAAACCACCUCCACCUAAAAGAACUUUUACAAACUAUACAGUUGUAGAGGUUGAAGAUCCAAUGACAACACCAACACCCACAACAUCCACAACACCAAUACCACCAACAAUCGGAUUUUUAAAUAACAGUAAAUCACAACCAAAUCUUGGUAAUUUAUUAAGCCAAUCUGGUGGUUUUGAUAGGCCACCAAAUAAACCACCUCCACAACCAGUUGAAUUAGCCAGCAAAGCCAAACCAACUCCAUCAGUUAAAAAAGGUGUCACAUUUUCUGAUCAAGCAACAGUUUCAAAUUCACCACCAAAAUCAUCAAUUUCACAACCAGCUAAAUCAAUCUCACCAUUAUUACAAUCAACAACGAAUAGUAGUAUUGUUAAUAAACCACCAUCAAAAUCUGCACCACCACCAGUUAGAACCAUAUCUUCCCCAAAUAUAGUUGUUAAUAAAUUUGUUCCUACUUUAAAAAGUACCACAGUUAUCCCAAACCCUAAUACCAGUACAGCAGCUAUUGCUAAUCAAACUAAAGAUGAUUGCUCUAUAUCACCCACCAAUGCUGGUAGUUCAUCUGCCCCCAAUACACCAAAAUCGAGAUCUGCAUUAAACCUAUCGACACCAAAAGACUCAACUAUUAAACCAUCAAAAUUACCAAAUAGUGAUAUUUCGAUCAGUAGCAAUAGCGGAUUUGGCUCAUUACCAUCAACACCUCCUCCAUCAUCACCCAAAGUUUCAUCACCAUCAGUACUCACAGUUAGCCAAAAAAUCGCUUUAAAUGAAAAACUACUUGCAAAUAAUAAUAAUAGCAAUAAUACCAAGCCCUUCUUUUCACCAGAAACUAAAAAAUAG